UGGUAUUGCAUUGAUUGAAAUGUACUAUUUUUUAUCUUUAUUACCAUCUUGUACUUGUCAUACCUGUCUAUUUGGCUCACUAUUGUAUAUUUACUGUAUCUAUAACUUUAUUGUAUUACUUGUAAACAUGAUCAGUGUUUGUCCUUGAACCUUUGAAUCAUGUAUAUUUACAUGUCUUUUUAAAACGAAAUAAAUAACAAAACAAAAAAACAAAAAAAAUUCAAUUUAAUAUUUCAUCAGGUCCAGUCGGUUGAGUGCAUUCUUCGCAUCGAUGGAGUCGGGAUACGAGUACCAAGUUCCGCCUUCAAUGAAAGUUACAUUGUCUGUAGUCCUGAAGAGUACAUGUUUAAUGAGGACAUCCUCGAGAAGAAUGUAAGCGUCUCGGUUCAAUGGAAUGGGCAAUACGACAUAGAUGACCCGACAGACACAUACGUGACCCUGUACAAGUGUUCAGUUAACGGUGGAAGUUGCAGCCUGUGCCUGUCAGAAGGAGCAACCCCUUCGAUCUUAGGCUGUGGUUGGUGUGAUGAUGACUGCAAUGUCAUUCGGAGUGAUGUUUGUCAGAAUAAUCAGUUUCUCAGUCAGAAUGACACCAAGCUCUGUGCAGCACCAGUAAUCAGUGACUUUUAUCCCUUGUCAGUUGCUAUCAACGCUCAAACGAGACUAGAAAUUACGGGAACUGACCUAGGAGUAGAAUUUGACGAUGUACUGGAAAUUGUCAUUGGAGACUUGAUGUGUAGUCUGACUGACAUGGGUUCAUUCUAUCAGCCAGGACAGAGUGUUAGCUGCAUGACUGGUUUAUCUACUGGAGUCAUCUCAGGACGUAUUGAAAUCACAGUGAGGUCUGGUGAAAGUAUUAAGACUGGAGAAAGUUCUACAGAAUUCUUGUACAGGGAUCCCAUUAUAUCAGGGUUUAGCCCCACGGAGGGGCAGGUAGCAGGAGGUACAGAGAUCACUGUUACUGGGAUGUAUCUCAACACAGGAAGGAACAUUGAAGCUAGUUUCGGAGAAGCACAAUGCAACAAUUUGAUUGUUGACGAUACGACUGUACUGUGUAUCACAAGCAGCUUACAAAUGAAUGAACAGAUCGCUGUGCCCUUGACCAUGACAUUUGAUGGACUAGUAAAACGGUUUGAGGACUACAGCUUUAUCUACAACCCAAACCCAAUAAUUAAUGGCAAAUACAGAACCGAGUCCAUCUUGUCAGGAGGUCUCGAUAUCAAAUUGACAGGACAAAGAUUUGAUCUCAUCCAGGAACCCCGUAUAAUAGUUUCGUCACUUACAACAGAUGCUAGUAACUCUAAGCUCUGCAAUGGAACGGAAACUAUUCUCAUCUGUCCAACCCCAAGCUUUCCUGACGAUGGUAUCUCUACCAGAAGGAGACGAGCUACAAAUGGCGUUAUGACAGCAAAUCUGACCUUUGACUUUGAUGGAUACAUCGUCGAUGGCGGCUUGAUAGAGUACUACCCAGACCCUAUGUAUGAAAGCUUCAGUGGGCCAAACAGGAUCUAUGCGAGCAGUAAUGGACGACUCGAUAUUACAGGCAUUAACUUAGAUCUGGCUAGCACGGAGGAUGAUGUUCAAGUUCUGCUAGGGCCGAAUGGUGUCUGUCAUGUGGAUGUUCUUGAAAUUGAUGUAGUCCGUUGCCAGCUGCCAGAGAAACAGCCUCUAGCAGGUUACGAGAAUGGAUCAUUGGGUCAGGGACCAUCAAAGAAUUUACCAGCCGUGACAGUGUUGCACGGGAAUGUAAGGUUCUCUCCAGGCUUUGUUUCAGCAUGGGCUACGGAAGGAAACCCUUUGAUAGCCAUUGUAAUACCUGUGGUCAUUGUCGUCCCCAUUUGGAUUAUCAUUCCGUUGAUAUUUCUAGUUUGGUGGUUCAGAAAGAAACAACUGGAAGUGAAACGAGCUAAGGAAGAGGUGAAAAUGAUCCGAAUGAACAUCUUGAAAAGGGUCCGAGAAGUCUCAAAUACCAGCUUGGAUUUAUCUGAGGCUGAUGACAGAGUCCAGAAGCAAGGAGUUCCAUUUGUCGGGCAUGUCCAAUAUGUGACGAUGAUGUUGUUUGCUGGGCUCGGUAUUCAUCCAGAAACAACAGAACCAGAGUACAUGGAAGACUUUAUGGAGCAUUCGUUGGUAUCGUUCUAUCGUAUGCUGAAGGAGAAGGCCGGAUUGAUAGAAUUCAUCAGGCAACUCGAAAAUAAGAAAACGGGACAGGGUCGAGAAAGGGAGCUCAUUGCAUCUCUAUUGGCAAUCACAUUCGUCAGCGAGGGAAAGUCGAUCCACUUUACAAGUGUAUUGACAUCACUUGUUGAAGAUGAAAUCGUAACAGCAUCUGAGUCUAGAAGGCGGAUGGAUACACUAUUUACCAACACUGAAUCAAUCGCAGUAAAAUUGAUUAGCAACUGGUUUGCCCUGUUUAUGUUCGAGUACUUGAAGAUGUAUGGCGUCUACCCAUUGUACAUGCUGUACCAGGCAGUAAAGGCCCAGGCCGAGAAAGGUCCUAUAGAUGUCGUGACUGGAGAUGCAUACUACACACUGGAGUUUAGCAAACUCCUUGAUCAGGAAAUUGACUUUCAUUCUCUCGGCAUUGAUGUUGUUGAUGAAGACGGACAUAUUUAUCUUCAUAUGACUGUGUUGGAUGUUGAUACUGUGAAACAAGCCAAACAGAAGAUUCUAGACUCACUCUGGAAGAAGAGUUACUGCUUGCUGCCGAGGGACAUAGAUGCAGUUGAUCUAGUGUGGAUUCAGACUUCUGGAAGGACCACUUUGCUACAAGAUAUAGACAAAUCCUCUGAGACACAGGGGAAAACCAUGAUCAAUACAAUGAAGAGCAUUGGGAUUAGAAACGGAUCCCACGUUGCACUAAUACCGAAGAACCAUGGUGAUGAAUACCAAACCCUCGAUCUGAAAGAAGUAUCUUCAAAGACAUGUAAGACAAGACAUACUUAA